AUGAGUGAAAUAGAUAAUAACACAACGUUAAAGGAUAUUUUAAAUGAGAUUAUCAAUAGCAAAAAAGAACUAAAAAAUGCAAUAGAUGCUUCAGAGGCUAGACUAUUAUUGAAGGUGGAAUCGGUACAAAGUAAAGUCACUGAAUUACAGAAAGAAAACCAGUUACUGAAGGAAGAAAUUGAAAUUCUUAAGCAACAAAAUAAGAAAAAUAGCAUUGUAAUUUUUGGGCUUCAAAACAUUCAAGAUAACCUAAACAUACAAUAUAUUUGCUCACAUAUUAAAUCGCUGUUGGAUAUAGAUAUAAAACCAUCUGAAAUUAAUGAAUUUUAUACACUGGGAAAAGAAAAAAAUAGCCCUUUGAAAGUAAAUUUUGUCUGUUCGUGGAGGAAAACUGAAAUUUUAAAAAAUUGUAACAAACUUAAGGGAAAAAAUAUAAGCAUUGUACAUGAACAAACCCCCAAACAAAGAUAUGAGUCCAGUAUUCUUAGAAAGCAUUUAAAUUUGGCAAAACAAGAUAAACAAAACAACUGUUAUAUUAAACGAAAUAAGUUAUAUGUAAAUGAAAAUAUUUAUUCUGUUGAAAACUUGUUAGGCGUAGAAGAACUAGCGAACAACCUAAACAAAAAACCGAACAGUGCUCCAUCGACUCCAACUGCUGUAGAUCCAACACUUCCCGAAAAUAGAAACGCCUCUUCUAUGUUUACUACCAAUUAUGCUAUGCAGUGUUUGCCUAAAUUCUGCAACACCUUAGUCACAACAGUACAGAUUUGUAGUUUAAUGCAUCCUAUAGCCCUAGUCUUCAACGUUUCAGACCUUCAGAAUUUACUGCUGUUAAACCAUUACCUACCUGAACUGAGAGUUCUUUCUGUGACCCUCACUAUGUUAAUUUUAUCAAAUGUUUUAUGA